CAGGAUGUUCUCCAUAUUCAACAUCUGGGGCACGUUCAACAGUGUACUCUUCUACCUCAGCCUCCUUGUCAGCCUGGCAGGGCUGGGGGGCAACGCUCUGCUGCUCUGGCACCUUGGUCUGCACAUCAAGAAGGGCCCCUUCAACAUCUACCUGCUGCACCUGGCCGCUGCCGACUUCCUCUUCCUCGCCUGCCAGGUGGGCUUCUCUAUUGCCGAGAUCGCCCUGGGCUACGAGGACACACUCCACUUCCCGAUCAUCUUCUUGUGGUUUGCUGUGGGGCUCUGGCUGCUGGCGGCCUUCGCUGUGGACUGCUGCCUCGCCUACAUGUUUCCCUCCUGUUGCAGCCCCAGCUGCCGCCCCAGGUACACCUCAGCCGUGCUCUGUCUCCUGAUCUGGGCACUGACCAUGCCGGCUGUGCUCCUGCCGGCCAAUGCCUGUGGACUGCUGUACAAGGGGAUGAGCUUCCUGGUCUGCCUCAGUUACCACUGGGCCAGCGUGGUCUGGCUAGUGGUGCUGGCGGUCAUGGCCUGUGGGGCAAGCAUGAUUCUCUUGAUCUGUGGCAACUGCUGCUCUGGGCAGCCACUCCCCAAGUUCUGCAAAGUGGCCCAGUGCUCCGGGAUCCUGCUGUUCUUCUGCCGCCUGCCCAUGGUGGUCUACUGGAGCCUGCGGCCGGUCAUAAAAUUCCUGCUCCCCUUCUUCUUGCCAUUGGCCACCCUCUUAGCCUGCAUCGACAGCAGCGCAAAGCCCCUCUUGUACUACAUGAAGGGCCGGCAGCUCAGGAAGAAGGAGCCGCUGCAGGUAGUCCUAAACAGGGCUCUAGGGGAGGAGUCCCCGUCAAGCCUUGGGGGACUAUCCCUGCCUAUGAGGCAAGUGUAGAGUGGCCGGCCAUCCUAUGCCCACCUGCCCUGCCCUCAUAGCUGCCAGGGGACCCCCCUUCCAGUCUUGCUCAAACUCUUGCCAUGUCCCAGCUCUGCCCUCUCAUGAAGGGAACGAGGCCAGGUUGCAUGUUGAACAUGCAAAGGACAUGGUAAGGACAGGAACAGACAGAGGGCCAGGGGCAAAAGGAGGACCCCAGAGCUACAGUGAGGGCACGUGUCCUGCAUCCUUCUGCCCCUGUGGCAGCCAACCCAAGAAAACUGCCCUUCAACCCCAGUGGGCCUGGCAAGGGGAGCUUUGCUUUGCCUCCUGCGGUAGACGGGCCAGGUGACUGGAGGCUCAGCAUCAGCUCCUGGGGGGCAUUCGCUGCUCUUGGGGGCCACUGACCCUUCAGCUCUGUCCACAGAGGCCUUAUGUUGGAUGCAUCCACUACAAGGCUUCGUCUAAACUGCUGUUUCUCCCUCCCUCGUCCCAGCAUUCCCCACAAAAACGUUCACAGUCCAGGUGGCUACUGCCUCCCCAGUUCUCCAGCCUGGUGUCACUCGUGAAGGCCACAAGGUGGUGCUGUUUUACCACUAAACAGACGAAGUCUGUCCUGGCUCCAGGGCCACUCCAAGUAGUUGCAUCCUGGUUACUUCUGCCUCUCAGGUGGCCCCAAAGAACCUUCACAGUGCCAGCAGGGCACCCCUGGCUUCUAUCCAGACCCCAUCGCUUUCCCUCGGCUUCUCCAAGAUUGUGCUCAGCCAAGCUGUCUCUGCAGACUCCACCCUGGCCUGCCAGCCAGCUUCACCUUCAGUUGGAGAAAAGAGGAAGGGAGCCAAGCUUCCCAAGUGCACACUGUUUCUGUAUGUUUUAUGAUGGCUCUUUAAAACAAAA